GCUUCUACAUUUUUUUGUAGAGUAGUUCUGUAGAUUAUCAUUCCGGCUUUCCUAAUUCAUAUACGUAUCGCAUUCUGCGAUCUGCACAAAGCCUCCCUUUCUCUUCUACAGUAACCUCACAAGUUAUUUUCUGCUCUGCUUGGACAUCCGAGGCCCGAGAUAUGGCUCAGAUGAAAGAGACAACGAAUGCGACCAGGACUGGGAGAUUUUCAAAAUCUCCAUCAGCUGACCCCUACCCGCUUGUUCUAGAUAUUAAUGACUUUAAGGGGGACUUUUCAUUCGAUGCACUCUUUGGGAACUUGGUUAACGACUUGCUACCUUCUUAUGUUGAAGAAGAAACCGAUACUUCUGAAGGGAAUGGUGCAACGGAUGCUAUUCCCAAUGGUCAAUUGAAUGCAGCAAAAGCAACCCAAGCGUCAUCGAGCCCGUUUUUUCCUGAAGUUGAUUCUUUAUUAUCUUUGUUCAAGAAUUCAUGUAUGCAGUUGGUUGAUCUUAGGAAACAGAUUGACCAGAAACUCUACAAUGAUAAAAGUGAAGUUUCUGCUCAAGACUCUAAGCAUCGGAAGACACUUUCUGAGCUAGAAAAAGGCGUCGAUGGCUUGUUUGACAGUUUUGCAAGGUUGGAUUCACGUAUAUCAAGCGUUGGCCAAACUGCUGCUAAGAUAGGAGACCACCUGCAGAGUGCUGAUGCUCAGCGAGAAACUGCCAGUCAGACUAUAGAUCUCAUCAAGUACUUGAUGGAGUUUAAUAGCAGUCCUGGUGACCUAAUGGAGCUAUCACCUCUAUUUUCUGAUGAUAGCCGGGUAGCAGAGGCAGCUUCCAUUGCACAGAAAUUGAGAUCAUUUGCGGAGGAAGAUAUUGGAAGGCAAGGCAUUGACUCAUCGGUCACAGGAAAUGCGACAGCAAGCAGAGGAUUAGAAGUGGCAGUUGCUAAUCUCCAAGAAUAUUGCAACGAACUGGAAAACAGAUUGUUGGCCAGAUUUGAUGCUGCAUCACAAAAGCGGGAACUGUCCACAAUGGCAGAAUGCGCUAAGAUUUUGUCACAGUUCAACCGGGGAAACAGUGCUAUGCAACACUAUGUGGGUCUACGCCCAAUGUUUGAUUUGGAGGUCAUGAAUGAAGAUGCCAAAUUGGUUCUUGGUGACCCUGGCUCUCAACCUAGUCCAAGCAAUGUUGCACGCGGGCUCUCUUCUCUGUACAAAGAAAUUACAGAUACUGUACGGAAAGAAGCUGCAACAAUAACUGCAGUGUUUCCGUCACCAAAUGAUGUCAUGCUAAUAUUGGUUCAGCGUGUCUUGGAAGACCGGAUUCCUAAACUCCUUGAGAAGCUAUUGGUGAAACCAUCCCUUCUUAAUCCACCUCGCAUGGAAGACGGAGGGCUAAUAUUGUAUCUGAGACUACUAGCAGUGGCAUAUGAAAAGACACAGGAUCUUGCUCGAGAUUUACGUGGCGUAGGAUGUGGUGACUUGGAUAUUGAAGGCUUAACAGAGUCCUUAUUUCUUCCACAUAAAGAUAUUUACAUAGAGUAUGAGCAGUCUUCUCUCAGACAAAUGUAUAAAUCAAAGAUGGAGGAACUGAGAGCUGAAAGUCAGCAGUCUUUGGAAUCAAGUGGGACAAUUGGGCGUUCAAAAGGAGCUUCCAUAUCAUCUUCACAGCAGCAGAUAUCUGUCACUGUGGUGACUGAGUUCGUACGCUGGAACGAAGAAGCUGUUUCUAGAUGUACUUUGUUUUCAUCACAGCCUGCUGCACUUGCUGCUAAUGUGCGGGCUGUGUUCACUUGUCUCUUGGACCAGGUCAGCCUAUAUAUUACCGAAGGUUUGGAAAGAUCUCGAGACAGCCUGACUGAAGCUGCCGCGUUGAGGGAGCGGUUUGUUAUAGGAACUAGUAUGAGUCGAAGAGUUGCAGCUGCUGCUGCUUCAGCUGCGGAAGCUGCUGCUGCAGCUGGAGAAAGCAGUUUCAGAUCUUUUAUGGUUGCUGUACAGCGUUGUGGAAGUAGUGUAGCUAUUGUUCAGCAAUACUUUGCAAACACUAUUUCUCGGCUUCUAUUGCCUGUGGAUGGUGCUCAUGCCGCUUCCUGCGAAGAAAUGGCUACAGCAAUGUCCAGUGCAGAAGGUGCUGCUUACAAGGGGCUCCAGCAGUGCAUUGAAACAGUGAUAGCUGAGGUUGAGAGACUGCUAUCAGCUGAACAAAAAUCAACAGAUUAUCGGUCACCUGAUGAUGGCAUUGCUCCUGAUCACCGACCAACAACUGCAUGCACAAGGGUUGUUGCUUAUCUAUCCCGGGUUCUUGAGUCUGCUUUCACUGCUCUUGAAGGUCUUAAUAAACAAGCAUUCCUGACAGAGCUGGGGAAUCGCUUGCACAAGGGGCUGCUGAAUCAUUGGCUGAAGUUCACUUUUAACCCAAGUGGAGGGCUGCGGCUUAAGCGUGAUAUCACAGAAUAUGGUGAAUUUGUUCGCAGUUUUAAUGCUCCCACAGUAGAUGAAAAGUUUGAGUUGCUGGGCAUCAUGGCCAAUGUCUUUAUUGUUGCUCCUGAAAGUCUUUCAACUUUGUUCGAGGGAACUCCAAGCAUCAGAAAGGAUGCACAAAGGUUUAUUCAGCUUAGAGACGACUACAAGAGCGCAAAACUGGCAGCUAGGCUCGCCUCUUUGUGGCCCAGCUCAAGUUAAUGUGGGGAUACUCUACCGAACAGUUGAUUAGUUGCCAAGAGAAAGUUGUGUUUUUCCCAUCUGAUAUAGGAAUGGCGGUCAGCUGUCAGGAUACUAACAGCGCUGUUGAUUUAAGCCCCCGAUUCGUUUUCAGGUGAAGCUGAAUUCAUUCUCCCUUGUUAGAAAUUAUCUAUGGUUUAUGUUAACAAGUUGUAUGAUGAGUGUUAGGCUUGACUGCUUGCUACACAGCCUUAGCCUUGUAUGUUGUAUCUAUAUGCAUUAAAUUCCUUCAAUGAUUGAUAACUUCUAUUUUUGUUC